CCGUGCCAUGUCCUUGGUGGAGACAAUCCGGCUGUGGCAAGAAGGGGUGUGCGCAGCAGACAGGAAGGAGUGGAGGGCAGCCCUGGAGGCCUUCACAGCCGUCCAGAACCCCCCUGCCAAAAUCUGCUUUAACAUCGGCUCCAUCCAUCUCAUUCUGGGGAAGCUGGCCGAGGCGGAGGAGGCAUUCACCCGGAGCAUCAGCUGCGACAAGCACCUGGCAGUGGCUUAUUUCCAGCGUGGGACCGUGUCUUAUCGGAGGCAGAACCAUGAAAAGGCCAUUGAGGAUUUCAAAGAAGCACUGGCCCAGCUGCGAGGCAACCAGCUCAUCGACUACAAGAUCCUGGGCUUGCGGUACAGGCUCUUUGCUUGUGAGGUACUCUACAACAUUGCGCUGGUGUAUGCCACGAUGGAGGACUGGAAGAAAGCUGAGGAGCACCUGACUCUGGCCAUGAGCAUGAAGAGCGAGCCUCAACACAACAAGAUCGACAAGGCAAUGGAAGCCACCCUGAAGCAGAAGAUCUGCGAGCUGGUGGCCAUUCCCGCAGGGAAGCUGUUUAGACCAAACGAAAAGCAAGUGGCUCAGCUGGAGAAGAAGGACUACCUGGGAAAAGCUAUGGUGGUGGCAUCUGUGGUGGACAAGGAUGAUUUUUCAGGAUUUGCUCCACUCCAACCACAGGCCUCUGGUCCUCCACCUAGGCCCAAGACACCAGAAAUCCUCAGGGCCCUCAAAGGGCAGCCACACCGUGUCCUGUACGAGUUCAUCCCCGAGACCGCUGAGGAGCUGCAGGUCCUGCCAGGAAACAUUGUCUUUGUCCUGAAGAAAGAGAAGGACAACUGGGCUACAGUGAUGUUCAAUGGAAAGAAAGGAAUUGUCCCCUGCAACUUCCUCGAGCCUGUGGAGCUCCAGAACAAGCUACAUAUCCAGACAACACAAGAAGAAACUCUUCUGGAAACCGAGAUCCCAGAGCCACCCAGCUCUACUGCUCCAGAGAAGCCACGGCGACCAGCACCAGGCUAUGCUCCUUCUACUGCGACACAGCCGAGAGAUGCAGCAAAGGAGGCCAAAGUGGCUGUCUUCAGGCCCCACAUCCUCAAGGUGCACUACAAAUACACAGUCGCCCUGCAAGUCGAGCCAAGCCUCUCCUACACAGAGCUCCUGGCCCUGGUUUGCAAGAAACUGGAGCUCCAGCCUGAGCAUGCCCAGCUGAGGUACAAGCCUGCAAAGAGCCAAGCGCUGGUGACUCUGAGUGCAGAGAACCUGGAGGCGGCGUGGAGCCAGAGCAAGGACUACUGCCUGACAGUCUGGUGCGACAUCACGGAGGGAGAGGGGUUUUUACUGGACAGCAAACCAGAGGAGUUGCCACAGGAGGCAGUGCCGGAGCAGACGAGACCAGCCCAAGUUGUAGCGCAAUACAAUUACGAAGCCAUCCAACCUGAAGAUCUGGAGUUUCAGGCAGGAGAUGUGAUACUUGUUUUAUCCAAAGUGAAUGAAGACUGGUUAGAAGGCCAGUGCAAUGGGAAGAUCGGCAUCUUCCCAUCUGCUUUUGUUCUUAAGUCUAACGCUAAAGACCCCGACAUGUGA